UGCCCCAUCAUUGGUGUCAGUGUGGGAGGAAUAGUGCCCCAUCAUUGGUGUCAUGUGGGAGGAAUAGUGCCCCAUCAUUGGUGUCAGUGGGGGGGGAAUAGUGCCCCAUCGUUGGUGUCAGUGGGGGGGAAUAGUGCCCCAUUGUUGGUGUCAGUGGGGGGAGGAAUAGUGCCCCAUCAUUGAUGUCAGUGUGGGGGGGGAAUAGUGCCCCAUCACUGGUAUCAGUGGGGGGGGGGGGAAUAGUGCUUCAUCGUUGGUGUCAGUGGGGGUGGGUAUAGUGCCCCAUCGUUGGUGUCAGUGGGAGAAAUAGUGCCCCAUCGUUGGUAUUAGUGACACCAAUGAUGGGGCACUAUUCCUCCCACUGACACCAAU